AUGGUAGAGAAUAUUACUUCUAAAAGCAAAACUUGGAUUUAUCCUAGAUUUGUUCAGAUGAUCUUAGACCAUGCGUAUCCUGAUUUGGAGAGAGAUGAAAAGAAUGAUUUGUUGCAGUUAUUUCACAUGGAUAAUGAAAUGCUGAAAGUACUGGCAAGAUAUCACAAAAAUCAUCCAGAGCCAACGACAAAAGCUGAAUUCUUCGGGUUUAUCAAAGACAAAAAUUAUGUUGAUCCAGAUCCGGUUGAUCAUCAAAGAUGGAGAAAUGACAAAGAAAUGAAAGAGGCAGAGUAUGCAGCGGAGUUGAAAAUUCUUUCUAACUUCAGAGAAACUCGAAACGAAUUGUUUGUGAAAGAGGAGAAGAAGAAGAGGAGCAGAAAGGCAACUCCAAAAGUUCAAAAAGAGGAGGGUUCAUCUUCACAACCACAUAAAAAGCGUCAAAAGAAGGUUGUUGAAACUAUGCUUGUUGAUGAAUCAGAGGAAGAAGAUGAAGCUGAAGCUGAAGGUGAUGCAGAAAAAGAUCAAGAUCCAGUGUCUCUUGAGACUGAACAAAUAUUGAAAGAUAUUGAUUAUGGAUUGGAAACAGAGAAGGCAGCUGGUGAAGAAGGUGACGAUGUAGAGAACAGUUCAUCAAGCUCGUUUGAAGAAGAAAUUGAUGAAACUGAACAAUCUCAAACGCCUCCAUCAUCUGGUGGUAGGAAGAAAGCUAGUGCAAGAAAGCGUGUGAUUUCUCCACAAGCAGCAAGGAGAAAGUUGAUUGUGAAGUUGCCUAAAUGCACACCGAGAUCAAAACCAAGUCAACCACCAUCACCAUCACCACCACCUAAACCAUCACCACCUAAAUCACCUCCAAAACAACCUACACCACCUCAAUCACCACAUCAAUCACCACCACAUCUAUCACCAUUACAUCUAUCACCACCACAUUUUUCACCACCACAUCAAACACCAAUCCAAGAACAACCUGUUUUCACUUCACCACAAAUCUUUCAAACACCACCAUCUAAACAACCACAUGUCCAAACCACUCCUGGUUCUUCAAGCCUUAAAGAUUUUCCUCACAUUCCAGUGAAUAUCCCACUUGAUGACAUUGGUGAUUUCAAUUUUGCAAGUGAUGAGCAAGUAAGAAGGUUGGAAAAGAAAGUUGAAGAAGUGUUGGUUGAAAACAAGAAGUUGGUAGAUCGUGAGAAGAAACUCGAAAAGCGUGUAAAGAUUGUGGAAACUGAAAAUUCCUCUUUGUUGAAGAAAGUUGAAACUGAUCAGGUGGAGAUCGAUAUUAUGGAAGUGAAAAUUGGAGAGUUAGAGGAUGAAAAAGCUCGCAGAGAUGAGCAGAACAAGUAUUUCAAAUUAAAGAACAAAGAAUUAGAAACUGCUAACGCGAGAAAAGAACAUGAGAUGUUUAUGAUAAAUAAAGUGUUAGAAAAUCUGAUCGGAACGUCUAUUGAACAAAAAUUUGAAGAAAUUCAAGUUGAGGAAGUGAGAGCACGUCGUCAAGCUGAAAUUGAUGCUGAGAUGAAAAAUAAGGGUAAAAGUGUUGAAGGUACUUCUGAAGUUACUGAAAGGGCGAUUGUUCCAUCUGCUGUUUCUGAAUCACUUGCUCAGAAUCCUUGUCCUAUAUCUGCAGUGUCUGGUAUAUUUGAAGAGGACGUUCAUAGUGACGAUGAUGAUGAUGAUGAUGGUCAAGGCGGUACAUGCAUUAAAGUAUCUGAAGCAUCGAAUGAAGGAAAUGUUGAUGAUUAUCUUCACGACGAUGUGAAUGAAGAGCCUGAAAGUGCAGAAGGUGAGGGGGAGAACGUUGAUGAUAAAAAUGUUGAAAGUGAAAGAUUGAUUUUGCGUCUAGAGCCUGAGGUAGAGGAAGGUGAAAUCAGGCAUACGUAUACAAUGGCUGUUAUUAUCAAGAUGACGCAGAUUGAUGAUCCUAAUUUCAAGUUUGACUUUGAAGAUGAAUUGAAUGCUUUUGAUAUCAAUCAACAACCUGAUUAUCAGUAUAAGUAUGUUGAAGAGGCAGAUAAUUAUGAUAGGGUUGAGGUUGAAGACUGCAGUGAUGAAGAAAGUGUGAAUGCUGAUGCUUCGUACUUUCCAACGCUAGUUGAAUUUUUCAGUCAAGAAAACAUUGAUGAGUUACGACGGAAAGUUGAAGAAUGUCUGAAAGAUAAGAAUUUUGAUGGAACGACGAAAGAUGAAAGUCGAGAAGAAAGGAAGAAGUGGUUAGAAAGAGCACAGAACGAAAGUUUAAGCGGCCAUUGA